UCAUGAAAAUCAAACUUGCCAACAUGUUGUUCGACGGUUCAGUCUGUUCAGUCUGUCUGUGCAACAAACGUAUUCACUUGUACUGUAUCUUAUACAUACAAAUUAAAUCUUAAAAAUAAAAUAGUUUUUUUAUAAUUUCCAUUAUUUGAGAAAGGCAUUUUAAAUCAGAAAUGAGCUCACUUUUGGAAAUUAUUUGUGCGGCCGAAGCUGCUGGUGAACUUCAAGAACCAGCACAGAAGCAUAGAAGGUAUUGGGUCCAUCCAUUACACAGAAGUAAAGAAUACGACAUGAAAUUUCAAAUAUUUUAUGACAAUUUAAAAAAAUAUCCUGACAAGUUUUUCGACUACUAUCGUAUGUCCAUUCAAUCGUUUGAAGAACUACUCGAAAAGGUUCGACUAAAUAUAACAAAACAAAUUACGCACCUCCGAAAUCCUAUAAGUCCGGAAGAACGGUUGACAGUGACUUUGAGAUACCUGGCAACUGGGACACAUUUCGCUGCGUUGCAUUUUGACUUUCGUAUUGGAAAAAGUACGAUAAACGGAAUUGUAAGAGAAACAUGUCAGGUUCUAUGGUCAGUCCUACAACCCACAGAAAUACCAAAACCAAAUAAAGAAAAGUGGAUAGAUAUUUCAAAAACGUUUUAUUCGAAAACAAAUUUUCCGAACUGUCUUGGAGCAAUUGAUGGUAAGCACAUCAGAUGCAAAAAUCCAGAAAACUCGGGUUCUCUGUUCUUCAACUAUAAAAAAUACUUUUCAAUAGUAUUAAUGGCAGUGGUCGAUGCUAAUUUAAAUUUCAUAUAUAUCGACGUAGGCGCAUAUGGUCACGAAGCCGAUUCUAGCGUUUUCCGACAAAGUGCGUUUGGAAAAAUGUUAUACUCGCAACAACUUCAAAUUCCGGACCCAGUUGCAUUGCCUUUAACCGAAAACAAUAUUCAGCCAUAUGUUUUUGUCGCUGAUGAAGCGUUUGGUCUUCACGCAAUUUUAUUGAGGCCAUUUCCAGGCCGUGGACUUAAUAACACUCGUCGGGUAUUUAACUACAGGUUAUCGAGAGCAAGACGUACCGUGGAAUGUGCUUUCGGAGUUUUGGCCAAUAAAUGGCGAGUUUUGCACACGACCAUUUUAGUGGAACCAGAUUUUUGCGAUGAUAUUGUUAAAGCAUGUUGUGUUCUCCAUAAUUUUAUCCGAAAGAGAGAUGGGUAUAAUUACGAUGAAGAAACUGAUGUGCAUAAUUUGGAUAAUUUGACAUCUCGUGGAAGAAAUAUUAAUAGAAGUGGAAUAGACGUAAGAGAUAAUUUUGCUGAUUAUUUUAUGGCUGAUGGAUCGGUACCUUUCCAAUACGGAAUGCUUUAGAAGAAUGAUAGGUUAUGAAUGAUAGGUAUAUUUUAUUUUAUAUUAUAAAUUAUAUUAUUUAAAAUUUUUUUUUUUUUUUGU